UAGAAAUUUAAAAGUCAAUCGAUAUUUUUUUUAUUUCAUUUCUUUUAUAAAUUUUAUAAAAAUUAACUUUAAGCACACUAUUUUAGAUAAAUAUAAUCUAAUUUCAAACUAUGGAUAUUUCGAAUGAAAAAUGGAGAAAAACCAGUUUGAAUUUAAACUCUUGAAUAAGUGCGCGGCGAACGUAGUGUGGUAGCGCCGGCGUCUGUGAUGACGCUGCGCACACCACGACGCCGCAUCUCGCCUCGGACCAAGCGACGGUACCGAGCCAUCAAGGACUUCUUACGACGAGCGAUUGGAAGCUCAUCGCAACCGGAUAUCAAAAUUAAUUCAAGUAUUGCUGUCAAUGUAACAAACUUAAAACAUCAAAUAGUAGGCAUUGAACGUCAACUCAAUGAAGUGAGCAAACAUUUUUUGUGCACAGACUGUGUUGACUCAAACGAGUCAACUUCUUCCAUUGGAAGGGAAAGAUCUAUCGCCGCUCGAACAGUUACACUAAAAGCUGAUACGUCAACUGAAAGGAAUUCGCGUGAAAGUAAAACUAAAUUCCUGUUCCAGAAAUUAAACGAUAGAAAAGUCUCAGAUGAAAGUGAUUUAGUAGAACAUUCAGAAUCUGAUCGUAAUUACUUGAAACAUGUCGAAUCGUGUAGGAAGACAAAAACAAGUCCCAAAAUUGACACCAAGUCGAAAGAAAGCAAACACAGACAAAGGCCAGAAAUGGAAGAAAGUCAACUCUAUUAUGGAAAACAAAAAUCGAAAUCAACUUAUGGACGUUUCUCUUCAUCGUUCUCAACAAGUUACCAUUCGUUGAUUGACCCGAGAUAUGAGCGCACUUUGCGUGCUGAUUACGAUGCACAUCAUCACACAGCGCGUAACGAGUCGGGAUACCACAGACAUCGUACACAUGAAAGAGCUGCACAUCAACAUUCAAAGCAUAUCCCCUAUAUUGAAUCCAAAGAAGUCUCAGCAAAAAGAAUUGUUAGGAACGAAGACAAGCGUGAAAGAAGACGAAAAGAUAAAACUUCGCGAGAACGCCGUGAAUUAGAUCCAGAUUUUAUCGAUAACAUUAUACAAAGACAAUAUAGACCGGUCACGAUGUUUGGCAGAAGAGAAUCAAAUGUCAGUCAAUUUUCUGCCCCCAUUUGCCGCGACCAAGAAUUUAAAAGUCCUGAAAAUAUUUUACUAGGAUCAGAUUUAUGUUCUUGUUGUUAUACAGAUCGGAAACAUAGAACCGCUAAGUAUAAUGAUGUGAGUGAUAUGAGAAGCAUUUGUGAUACAAGACUCUAUAGCUCAAAAAAGAACAUUAGACACAAGACCUGUAGACGACAGUCUAAUUACAAUUAUAAUGAUACUUCAAUGUACGACGUAGUUCCUGUUAGGGAAAAAUAUAGUCCUAAAAUGCAGAGAAAAAUCAUAGAGGAUUUAAUGUGUUAUUCUAAUCAUAAAGAAGUUCCUCCAUCGCCUAGGACUCUCCGGCCACGGUUGAAUUUGAAAGCGCAAAAUUUUAGUAACAUGGAUAUGGAUGAAGUUGAGUACUAUAAUAGCAGGAGACAUACUAGAAAUAGAAAUGACAGACCCCGACAUUACAGUGAUUGCUGUAGUAACAAGUCUUCAUCAUUAAGGAAUCUGGACUAUCCCUAUAAUAUGGAAACUAACAAACGAGAAAUCAAUCAACAAAUAAUGGGUACAACUAGUUAUCGGGAGUCAAUACAAUCCCCUCAAUUAAAUAACGAAGCUACAAAUACUAAUCAAGCUCAAGCCAUCAACACAACUAUAAACAAAUUACAGGAUAUAGAGAGUACAACUGAUAAAACGGAUAAAGCAUUAUGUGAAAUCAAAGAUAUUCUUCAACAUUUCCUACAAGAAAUAAAGAAAGAAAGUGUUUCUCUAGACUCUAGCAGCAAAAGCGAACCAGUUCCAUCGGCUGAGAUUAAACAAAAUACUGUAAAAGCAAACACAACCUUCGACGACCCUAGUUCUCAGAGUGAUACUAAUAACUGCAGCUUGGGUCCGCUGCCUUUACCACAGCCAUUCUUGAGCCCACAUUAUUUAAAUCCUUGUUGUUAUCCUGUAUUUCCUACAUAUCCAAUAAAUUGCAUGCAAAAUAGCUUUGUCGUACCGAGUCCUAGUUGCACUUGUGCUUGCACUAAUAAGCCCGAGAAACCCCUCACCACUGACAAAGAUACUUCACCCAACACUAAUAUUAAGAAGAUCAACAAUAAUACCGAAACAGAUAAACUAAUCAAGGAAAUAUAUAAUUUAGUGACACAAUCUCCUCGAACUGCACGUAAAAAAGACGACAAAAAUAUUUCUAGUAGAAAAGAGAAACCGAAGCCAGUAGUCACGAGAAGUGUAGGUGACAGUAUUAAACUAACAAGACAUGAUGUCAAAGUUGGAACUCCGAAAUUGAAAUUAUAUUCCAAAAGCUGCGAAGCAAUUGGUUCUCCGUUAGAUGAGGAACACACCGCCAGAACUACUGCCAGCUAUUCGGACACAGUUAUAGGCAAGCUAAGUCUAGAAGCGACAGCUGCAGAAUCAACGUCUACGGAAACCGAAAUCAGCACAGUUCUUACUACUUCUACAGAAAAGAAGGAUCAUGGUCGAAUUUCUAAAGUGCUUCAUUCUUUUGGGCUCAUAAAAAAGAAGAAAAAAGACGUAAUCGAGGAAGAGGAUGAAGACGAGAGCGAAAGUGAAAGUUCCACCGAAGUUGAAAUAAGGAAGAAACGGAGAGGUCCAGAAUUUCCUCAAGAAAUAAUCAAUUACGCGAUGCACGGUCAAGAAUUUUUCCACCUCCCUCCAAUACCGCCGCCGCAUCUUCACCACGAGUAUCUAGCCCACCAACCGAACUUGCUUCAUCACCAUUACAGCGCAUAUCCAGGAUAUCCAAGCUCAUUAAUUCAGCCUACAGCUCCACCAUGCCCUUGCGUAAGCCCACAUGGAGAACCACAAUAUCAUCAUCAUUCAAAAAGCCAUCAUAAUCCACAUUACAACCAUCAACAAAACUACUAUAAUCCACAAAAUAGACAGCCCGAAGUGCCUUUGUGCCUCAAAGAAAUAGAGGUGAAGAGUACUGCGACGCAGAGCGAUAGGAAAUUACCAUUUUUUGGAAAAUUCGGCAGACGUUCACAGGAAAUGGCGCCCCUGAUACACCACCACCCAAUGCCGCCGCCGAAAACUAUUUCCACUCAAACAAAGCAAAAUAAACCAAGCUUUUGGCAGAAACUAAACACACCGAAACCCAUGACAGAGUCUGACCCUCGAAUGUUUUCUUUUAGAAAACAAAAAGAGCUCUUAGCAGGCGACGCAAAACUUAAAAACGCUAUGUUAAAAAAGUUGUUCCAUAAAAGGAAUCCUUUUUCACCGAAUAAUCUGAUCGUGAAGACUCUAAUGGGAAGAGAUCCGUCCAGCUUUGGAGAUGCACCGGUGAUGCAACGACCCAAGAUGUUCCUAUAAAGCCUUGCCAGUCUAGUUUGUCUAAAUUGUAUUGUGGUUGAAAAAUAUUGUAGGGUUUGUGAUGUUUUGAUUUGUCAUUUUAUGUGUUGUUCUUAAGAAAAGUUUUGAAAGAAUU